UGAAGCUUGACUUGAAGUCUCUCCAUUUUUUUUUUCUUUUCUUCCUCCUCUCUUCUUCGGCGGAAUGGGGAUUCUCAUUCCUCAUCUAUUCUGGAAACAGGGGACUCUCAUCCCUCCCGUUCUCAGGACCAAACGCCUCCAGCAGGCCAUGGUUUGUGUCAGCAGCUGCUGGUGCUUCUCUGUUGGAAGACCGGCGGCCAAGCACGAUGGAGAUACGACAGCGAAACGAGAAAGAAGAAGAAGAAAAUAGGGCAUCACCAGUUCCGAUCAAACCCAACAAUUUUUCAGUCUUAAUUCGUGAUUCCAGGACUUAGAAAGAUAGGGAAAAGGAUCAAUUAGAUAACCAAUGGCCCCUACCUUCAUUCUGGCGGUCGGUGACCUCGAUUUCCGGCAGCACAAUGAACGGAAACAAUGGCUUUCCGAGAGGAGAAAGAAGAAAAGAGUAGCCGAUUGACGGUGAUUUCCGGUGGCUACCUCAAGGAAAAGAUCUAUCGGGCGAAUUGAAGGUUUGAGGUCGAAAAAACUUUGACUUCUCCUUUGGGAGUCCCUUUUUCCACUGUAAUUUCCAGCAGUCACUACAUGUGGAAAUCCACGAUCUGCACUAAGACUUCUUCGAGAACGACACAAGGAUUUUGAUCUCCUUUUGGCUAAUGUCUAUAUGCCAGAAGUUAGCGGUUUAGAGUUCCUCACCAUUGUGAAGGAUGAACUAGAUCUGCCAAUUAUUAGUAGGCAUCAUCCUUUCUUAUAGUUUUAUCAUAUGUUUUUUCUUCUUCAUGCAACUCAUUGUUUUCUAUUUUUCUGUCAUGAAAUCAUUUUGUGGGAUGCAGUGAUGUCACAUGAUAAACGGUUGGAGACUAUGAAGAUAUGUCACAAGCUAGGAGCUUGUUUCUUCGUGAUUAAACCGUUAGAUGUCAAUACUGCAAAGAACCUUUGGCAACAUAUCAUCUUCAGUGCCUGCUUUCAAAGAGAGAAUUUUGAAGGUGAAACAAGAGAAUCAAGCUCAAAACGGGCAUCACAAAUAUCUGACGCAAUUCUAAAUGCAAACAGAAAGAAAGAAAAUCAUAAAGGGAAAAAUGUAUUGAUUGCUAAUACUGCAAGCCAAUGUGAUUCUCUCAAUCUUGAAAACACAAUGGAAAUGGAAAUUUCAAAAUCAAGUGAAGCCAAGAAAGGUAAAGGGGGGGAACAAAUCACUAGCAAAGAUGAUGAAAACUCUAGAAAAGCGAGGAAAAGGAGGGUUUGGGAUGAGUAUUUAGAGCAGAAGUUCCGUGUCGCCAAUGAGACAUUAGGCAGAGAUGCUGUUCCAAGCAAGAUAAUGAAACACAUGAACAUUGAGGGCAUAACGCGAAGACAAGUGGCAAGCCACUUACAGAAGUAUCGUUUAAAAGAAAAGAACAUGCCAUUCAGCCCAUCAAUUCCUGACAUGUUUGGACCAGGCACUGAAAUGGCUCAAUUUAAACAAGUUUCCAAUCAAUAUGGGCUUUUUACCACACAAGGCUGUUUAAAUUGCGUCACCCUGAAACCUUCAGUUCCUGUCACUCAAAUGCUUUCAUUUGGAUUGCAACUGCCUCUGAGUUUUAACAGUUAUCCUAAUUUAACCUGCAUGCAAUCCUGCAAUGACAAUUCGGGCCUUCAUCAGCCUAAAAAUGAGAGCCAGAACCAACUAGCUUCACAUUUUGGAAUGACUGCAGAGAUCCCAUCUUUACAGUCUACAAGCACCUUUGCCACUAACGUGAACAACGUUAUGGGAUUGGGAGGUGUGAUUCCUUGUUCAUUUGAAGCAGCCAUUCAAACACAACAACUAAAUACUGAUGUCCAAUUCUCUUCAUCCUUCAGAGCAAUUACCCAGAUGCAACAAUUUGAUUGUGGUACUCGAGUCUCAGAAUCUUUCAGAGAAAUCCAUCAGCCACAACUACUUAAUGAUAUGGACGAAAUAUCUGAUAGCAGUUGCAACUUAGUAUCUGAAUAUACUGAUGCUGGAUUGGUUGGGAACAACUCUAACGAUAUUGAUGCAACUCAGUGCAAGGCAAAUGAACAACAUACUCAUCUGGUUUCAGAAAAUAUAAUGACAAAUGAUGCUUGUGUUGAUGGAGCAGCAACGAAUGCUAAUCAGUUCUCAAUCACCGAUUCUGAGCAGCAGCACAAUGUAAGUGAAGAAAAUACUCUUUUGGUUUCAGAGUAUACGAGAAAUGAUCUUACUACUAAUGGGGCAGUGAUAAAUGCAAACCAGUCCUCAGUUAAUAAUUUUGAGCAGCAGUACGCUGGUUCUCAUGUUGUGGAGAACUCCAAGGUAGUAGAAGAAGAAGAUUUAAAUCAUAGCACAGAAGACUUUGCCUGUGGUGAUGAUUCUUGGCUGUUGAUGCUCGAAGACUCUUUUGAGUUUGACUUCAUUUGAAGAUAGCUGGAAACGUUUUCUAAUUAACCCUCAUUGUAGUUCGUGAAGUCCUAGGCUAAUAAUGUUGGUCAUCAGUGUAUUGUCUUGCAAUGUAAUAUAUUUAAGAUGAGCUUAGUUUCUAACAUCUUCCAUAGGACUGAUGAUAUGAAUGAUCUGUUCUGAAAAA